AUGGGUGUCUUGCAAAACUCUAGGCGUUGUUUGUUGAUCGGCGUUAUAUUCUGCUUUAGUACAUUAAUUCUAUCCUCGUACUUCCUCUUUAAGCCAUACCCCCAACCGGCUCAACAGCCCCAACAGACUCAGCCCCAGCCCCCCGUUCCCAAAAUAAUAGAUGCCUUGAAGCCGAACUGUCACAAGAAGAUUAACACCACAGAUGCAAACGAUGCAGCACUUCCUUCAUUACUUGCAGAACUAUGGAAACCUCUGAUCCACCCCCUCGAAGAACGGGUAUUUGUCACGGAUAAAGGAGAGCGUUUCGAAAUACCAGAGAAUCAGAUGCGAUGGAAGAAGCCACUUGGGAAAAAGGUUGUCCUCAUCGACACGGAUACACGUCUCAGUGCAAAUAACGAAAACACCAUGUUGAACGAAUGCCCUUUAUACUAUCCAACGCUUCCUGGUAGAACAGCAGGUCAUCUAAAUCACUACCUAUAUGCUAUGAUCCAUGGAUACGACUAUCGACUAGUACGAGCAGCCAAUUACCCUGAUCGCCAUGGUACCUGGAUCAAGCCAGCUGUCGCCAAAGAAGCCCUCAAGGAAUACGAUAUUGUCGUCUCCCUCGACUCCGACGCAGUCUUCACCCACCUCGACUUGCCUCUGGAAUGGCUUAUGAAUCUUUGGGGAUUUACCAAGGAAUCACUAGUCGCCAUGGCCUACGACCUUGACUGGAAAGCGGACUACGACUCCCAUGGGAACCUUAUUCUCAACACCGGCUUCGUUAUCUCCCAAGCGAGUCAACGGACACAAGACAUGUACAAGAGAUGGGAAGACUGCCCUCGAAGUAUCUCCGGCUGUGAACACUGGAAUUUCAAUUGGGCCCACGAGCAGAGCGCAUUCUCCUACUACAUCCGCUAUGAAUUCAACAGGACGAACGAGAUCGUGAACAUUCCUUGCAACCAUGCUAAUGGCAAUGAGUAUGCGGCCGACGGGCAGUAUAUUUCGAACCAGACAUAUCCCAUGAAGGGCAUUCAGAUAUAG